UAGGACAAGACAAUCGCAUAAAAUACUUGAUCAGUGAAUACAGCACGACAUUUUUCAAAAAAGAAGGGAAAAAAAACCUAGUACACAAUACAAUGCAAUACAAUAUUUUUAUUGUCAGUCAAUUAAGGACGCCGUAUUAAAGUGGGCAGUACAAGUCUGAUUCAAGUCUCAGGUUGAACACGAAUGAAUAAAAGAAAGAUGACAGAAUGCAGAACAAUGAAGAAAAUGUUAAUCAAACAGACGAGCAAGAUGUUUCAGUUCAAUAUGACUUUUCUAUUAAAUUUUCAAACACCUCAAAAAGUCAGAACUUGUUAGACAACAAAAGAACAUCAAAUAAUAAAGAUGAAACUUCUAAAUCAGAAAGGGAUUCCCGUUCAUUGAAUGGGAGUAAAAGGUCAGGGAAUUAUGGUGCAGUAAAUUCUGAGGAAUCACUGCGAAAAACCUCACCAAGUAAUUGUUAUGAUGAGGAAUUUAUUGACCCAGUGGUAAAUCAGGACAGCAAAUAUUUUGAGCCUGUAAAAAAUCAGGACAACUUUACAGAUGGCAAAAAUGUGAACCCGACAGGAAAAGAAAUUCAGACUAUCAUCGUUGAGACAUCAUUAAUUUCAUCUAAUUCUGAGGAUGAAGGACUAGAGAACAAAAUUCAGGGAUCUUGUGAUGAUCAGAGUGAUAUUGAGUCUCCUGAUUUAUCAACUCCCACAUUUUCAUUCCGUGCCUUAGGCAGCCGACAUAAACUGAUCUUAAUAAGUAUCUCAUUGUGCAGUUUUCUGAGCUACCUGUGUUUGUCGUUGAUAGCGCCAUUCUUUCCUAGUGAGGCAGCCACCAAGAAUGUGAGUGAUUCUGUGUCAGGAUGGAUAUUUGGAAUUUUUGCUUUAACCCAGUUUUUAAUAUCACCUGUAUCAGGUAAAUUGUUGCCGUUGAUGGGGUUGAAGUUCAUGUACAUUGGUGGUCUAUUUUUAGCAGCAGGCUGUACAGUAUUAUUUGGAAUGCUAACCUACAUAGACACAAGCACUGAGAAUAUCACCUUCAUUAUUUAUUGUUUCCUACUGAGAAUCAUCCUAGCUAUAGGUUGUUGUGGUCUACAGACUGCAAGCUUUGCUCUGGUUGCCAAAGAAUUCCCAGACUCUGUUGCUACAGUUUUUGGUAUAACAGAGGUAUUUGUUGGAGUUGGCUUUAUGUCUGGUCCUGCUAUAGGAGGAUUUCUGUAUGGUAGUGGAGGUUUUAUCAUGCCAUUUGCUGUAGUUGGUGCUAUCAUGUUUCUCUGUGUCCCAUUUAAUUUUUGGUUGAUUCCAGUAGAUAGAGUUGUUGAAAAGUCUUCCAGUUCUAAGAUAUCAUUUUGGGUGAUGAUGAAGUCUCCCAAGACCAUUAUUAAUAGUUUCUCAACAUUAGUGGCUGCCAUGAUUUAUUCCAUUCUGGACCCAACACUAGAACCACAUCUGAGUGGCUCUUUCAAUUUAGAAGCUGAUAUCAUAGGUCUGCUAUUUUUGCUGAUGGCAGCAUUUUAUGCCAUUAUGUCACCUAUAGCUGGAUGGAUUUGUGAUAAAUUGCCAGAUAAUCGUGGAGUAUUGAUACCAGGUUUUAUUAUUUCUGCUGUUGGUAUGCUGUUAUUGGGUCCUUCAGAAUUACUUGGACUUAGAGAUUUAUUAGAUGACCAGCUAUGGUUAAACAUUGUAUCCCUCAUUGUACUUGGCAUUGGGUCCAGUUUAGCACUGAUACCAACGUUUGAUAUUUAUGUUAGCAUAGCAGAAGAGCUAGGAUUCGAUGAUGAUUUAGGAAUGUAUGGUAUUGUAGCAGGUUUGUGGGGAUCAAUGUACGCUAUAGGAGAUUUUCUGGGACCAACAAUUGGUGGUACAUUGCUAGAUAUUUAUGGUUUUCCAUUUUGUUGUACUAUAACAGCAGGAGCAUGUUUAUUUAUGGUUCCUUUACUGUUAUUUUCAUGGCUGUAUGAUACCAGAUGUUGUAGACAAACUUCCUGGAAGACUACCACAGUUAUUAGUGAAACAACACCACUACUUGCUGAUGAUUCGCAGGAUUAUGAACAUGAUAUGUUAUCAACUUAUCCUCCACAAAAACAAACUACAGUAACAAUGACCUGAUGAUAUGCCUUUAUCUGUGAUACAUUUAUUAAGUGCCAAUUGUCUUUCUUCACAAUUGUUUGUGGUUAACAUUGUUUGAGUUAGAGUUAUCUUCCUUUGUUACCAUAUUGAAGGUCACAAUGUCCUUCAGCCAUAUUGAAUCAGUUUUACUGAUCAAUUCACUUAAAGCAACAAACAUUUUCUUACCAACUUUAAUUUGUCUAAGUCCUCUGUUAUUCAUCAUUAUGUUCUUGUUAGGAUCUCUUCUUGAACUGCCCGAUUCACAGGUUUUAAUUUAGUUUCUAAAAAAAAAGAAUAACAUAAACAUCCAGUGAUAAAUAAAAUCAAAUAUCGAUAAGUCAAUGGUAGAUAAACUAUAUCAUCUGGGGGGUUAGAAAGUUAACAUAAUCUUUAUCUGUAUACAUAAAUUAUAUUUAUUUUUGGCAGCGUCAAUGCUGUUUGGUUUAUGGCUGCAUGUCAUGGCUUUCAUCAAAAUUUCAUUUUGAUUGAGUAGUAUUACAUGAAAAAUUAUCAACUAAAAUAUCAAAUGAAAAUUAAAAUAAAAUUAUACUCAUUCUUAACAUUAACCUUUUUUUGCAAUUAUGCAUUUUGUAAUUUUAUAUAUUCAGUAAUUAUUUUAACAGAUAACUCUUAUGAAUUAUUGUGUCAUGACAAUACCUCAUUUUAUUUGUAUUGACCAAGGUCUAAUAAUUCAGCAUUAUUUUUAUAUAUACUUACGUGACAAAAGGUAGGACAUUUAAUUUAUAAUUCAGGAAAAGUUAAAAUACUGUAUUUUUGAAUGUUAAUAUUGUCUAUUUUUGUUUAAUGUUUGUGAGAACAGAAAUGUGAUAUGCUAUAUUUGUAAUACAUUGAUAUUUGUGAAAUGUAUGCAUGGAAGGUAAUGUUCUAUCUGAUAUUUGUAUUACAUUGUUAUGAAUGUGUUAAAGGGAGGUUAUUAAAUUCAUAAGAUUAAUUAUCAUAGA